CAGCGUACGAUACACAGCUUUACUACAUUCUCUGUAGCGUUAACGUCGGUUUACACUUAUCUAGAACUUUCUUAUCUAGAACCAGGUUCUACAGUCGUUCUAUAGUCCUACAUUUGUUUUCUCCACUGCGUUCAAGACGAGUGUAAAAAUGCAGAGCUCGGACGCGGACGUGUUGAAGUGUUUGGGAUACGAGGUGACGGAUUUCCUCGGUAAAGGGAGUUAUGGCGUGGUUAGACUCGCCUACUCCAAAAGGCACCAGAAGGAGGCAGCCAUCAAAAUAAUGCACCGCAGGCUUUCGCCGCAUUUUUUUGUCAGUGAGCUUCUGCCGCGCGAAAUCCACAUUCUUAAAACAGUGGAGCACCCACACAUCGCCCGGGUGCUGGAGAUUUUUGACGAGCUGUCCGACGGUCGGGUGUUCGUGGUGAUGGAAUGCGCCAAAAUGAACCUGCAGGAGAAGAUCUUCGAUCUCAGACGCGUUCCUAUUGGCCAAGCUAAAGCCUGGUUCUCCCAGCUCCUCAGCGCUGUGGAGUAUCUGCACCAGCAGGACAUCGUGCAUCGCGAUCUGAAGUGCAGGAACGUCCUGGUGACGGCCGACAACCAGAUCAAACUGGCCGAUUUCGGAUUAGGCCGAUUUUACAAAGGCUUCCCUCAGUUAUGCCGGACGUUUUACUGCACGGCUGAGUACGCCGCGCCGGAGGUUGUCACCGAAACUCCGUAUGAUGCUAAAAAGAGCGACGUUUGGAGUCUGGGUGUCAUCUUAUACAACAUGAUCAUCGGAACCCUGCCCUUCAGAACUGUCACGUAUAGGGGUCUCGUAGAAGCCCAGAAGAAACCUGUAACGUUUCCGUACGGGAUCCCGGUGGACGAGGACUGCAGGAAAUUCAUAGAGUUCAUACUGCAUGUCGACCCGUCCACUCGGCCUUCGGUUACGGAAGUGGCUAACCACCCUUGGAUGAAGAUCGAGAAAGAUCAGGAAUGUGAAACGAGUCAGACUGAAAGAUCUCCAGAAAAGAGCGAGUCUGAAACAUCUGAAGCAUCUUCUGCUCAGAUCAUCAUUCAUUAUGUGGAUGAUUCGAUCAGAUAUGAUCAGGAUGAUCAGGAUGGAGGAACAGGAAGUACCAGCGAUUCUAGUUCCCUAGAGAUCAGUGACCUCCAACAAACAGAGCAUGUCGCCUGUUCUUCUUCCUCUUCAAGCGACGGAGAAGAGGUUAUGGCCAAUUCAGAGGAUGUAGAUGUUGUAGUAGAGGAGGAGGAAGAGAAGGAGGAAGAGGAGGAGCAUGGCUGCUUUAUCCCAGUUUCUGCUGUGGUGAAAAGAGUUGCCUCACCGAUCCUCAGAGCUUCACGAAAUCUUCGAGAGCGGAUGAGGAAGUUCUUUAAAGUAAAAUCUACAGCAAACAACUCCUCCUCUACAACAAAGACGUCUUCAGAAGUCUCCGAUCAGUCUGGGCUGGGGAAGAAGGAGCCCGUCGUUAGCGAGAAAACGAAGAAGCCGCGGUUCCCAAAAUUUAAGAUCCUCCAGAAGAAGAAGAAGAUUUCAGUUAUAUCUCUGUAGACGUGCAGCACAGCCAGCUUAAACCAGAUCCCAAAGAAGACAAGGACUAUGAUUCAUCCGUUGGAGACGUCUAGAGCAGCUCCGGAUGAUCAUACCCAAUUUUUUUUUUCCGAUUUAUCAGUAAUUUAUGAGUUUUUGACCAGAGGAGGAUGGGUCCCCCCCGUGAGUCUGGUUCCUCUCAAGGUUUCUUCCUCUAGGAGGGAGUUUUUCCUUGCCACUGUCGCCUUUUGGCUUACUCACUGGGGGUUCUGUAUAGUAUAACACUCUUAUCAAAUUCUUAUGUUUAUUUGCUUAUGAGUCUUACACACUGCUUUUGGAUAACUUUAUGCCACUACUUGAUUAUAUUCCAGAGGUUUUCAAUUUGGAAAAAAGUAAUUCAGGCAGAGCGGCAGCACUACUAAAAGCAGUGUGUAAGACUGGUGGAGGAGAACAUAAUGCCAAGAUGCAUGAAGAAAACUGUGAUUAAAAACCAGGAUUAUAUUGAUUAUUUCUGAACUCUUAAAACUUUAUGAAUAUGAAUUUGUUUUCUUUGCAUUAUUUGAGGUCUGAAAGCUCUGUAUCUUUUUUUUUUUUUUUAUUUCAGCCAUUUCUCAUUUUCUGCAAAUAAAUGCUCUAAAUGACAAUAUUUUUAUUUGGAAUUUGUGAGAAAUGUUGUCUGUAGUUUAUAGAAUAAAACAACAAUGUUCAUUUUACUCAAAGCUGUUUGUUCAGAAGCAUCAUUGCCAGUGGC